AUGAAAGGCGAUGAUUUUGUGGAUGUUCAGCCGUGGUACACAUCAAGACUGAAUGCACCGCCAGCGUAUCUUGAUUCAAAUGAUUAUCGCCAAAAGAUGUUCGAAAAUGCUACGACAAAUCUUGAUUUUACGUUAGAAACUUUGGAUGGCACGAUUGAAACAGUUCGAUAUUUACUUUACUUAACUGUUGAUGGAAUCCGAACGUUCGUUAACGAACAUCCAGAUGCGUACAGAAUGAAAAUCGAUUACCGAAGAGAUACAGUUGAAGAGAUGAUAAAUUUUGCACUCAAAGGAACAUUUGGUCUGAUUGAGGCACCAUCAGCCGCACUAAAUGACUAUAUCGCUUGUAUUCGAUUGUAUCGUCCGCAUGGCUUCUGGCAGCUGAUCCGUUAUAUUGCCAGCAAACUCUCAGAACACGUGACGCAGUUCGAGCUUUCUUUCAGGCGCGACUACAAUGCCGAUUCUACAGGUGAACGGCUUGAGAUAUACAAGGAACUGAAACAUUCGACGACGGCAACAGAAGGAAAUGUUUUACAAAAAAUGCAAUCAAUUCAUUAUUCGAGUAGAAACAUCAGACGAAUCCUACGAUACUCUGAAACGGCAUUGGAUGGAUGCGUUUUUUAA